UCAUCUCAUCGCCUCCACAGCUUUAUUAUGAUUCCUUUUUUCCACCACAACUUUAUUUAGUAUGAUAGCAUAUUGUGAAUGUGUUUUCUGAUUCUUUUUUCUGUUGUUUAAGUUCCUUAUUAGCCAUUUACUUCAACUUCUCUCUCAGUCCCAUCUUUUACUAUCUCACACAGCUAGGCCGGUUUUGCUGAAUUUUAAAGGUAUCAUCUGCUGUGCUUCAUGAGGACAUUGUCAAUCUUCUUGAUUUCAUAAAGAGGUUAAAGAUUGAAGAGGAUCAAACUGUUCUUGACGCGGAUCAAAUGGAAAAGCUGAAAUGGGAGCUGACAUUUGUGUCUGCAUGUUUACAGCUUUGUUAUUACAUUUCAGAUGGUUCUAAUGCCGAAAUGCCUUGCAUAUCAUAUGAGGUUCAUGAUCUGGUUCAGUCACUUUUUCAUCAGAGUGGAGAUGACAUGCUGUUGGUUAAAUUAAAGGAUCAUGUUGUUCCUCACCUUCUUGAAAAUAUCAGAAGUUCUAAAAUCUCAGAUCAUCAUUCUGUAUCAAGUGUCACCAUGACUGAGGAUCAGUUGGUUGAACUCUUGGACGCACUUCUUGUGAAUCUCCAUUAUCUACCCAAGGUUCGUGCGGAGUUGUUUUUGCCAUCAAGGACCCAAUAUGAGCUUCUUCAGAAUGUUUUUGGCAAUUUAAGAGAUUUUCAUGGUCUGAUAGUAAAUGGUUGCAUUGAGCGCAAGACAAUUGAAAGUGUCUUACCUCAGUUUCAACUUAUGGCUGAGAGAGUAGGACACUUCUGUUUUGUACUUUUGUCUUAUCAACUUGAUAAAAAGGAUGAAGAAGAUGAAGAUGAAGUAUAUUCCAUGCUAGUUCAUUUACUUUUGAAGAUAAUUCCGGUCUCACUGGAGGUUAUGCACAUAUGUUCUACAAAUUUGAAAGCUUCAAAGUCAGCUGAAGUUGGACGCUUCAUUAAGCAGUUCCUAGAAGCCUCUCCAGAUAUUCUUAGAGAAUAUCUGAUUCAUCUACAACAGCACAUGGUUAUUGCUAUUACUAGCACCCCAGCUCGAAAUAUUCAUGUCAUGAUUGAGUUCCUAUUGAUUAUUCUUACUGAUGUGUCCAAGGACGUUAUUCUUCAUGACAAAUUGUUUGUUCUCUUGGAAUGUGUUGGAGCACUUACCAAGGAGGUAUCCGUUCUUGUUCGCAACUUGGAAGAGAACUUGAGGAAUGAAGAGAAUAUGAAGGAAACAAGCGGGGCAAGUCUAAAUCUUGCUGAAAAUAUUGAAAUCCUGAAGGAAGAUCUCAAGAAAGUUUUCUUGAAACCCCCUACAGACUCAUCUCAACUUUGCUUCCCCAUGAGUGAUGGACCGCUCUUCAUGACUCUUCUACUCAGAAACUUAAAUGACUUGCUCGAUUCCAAUGCUUAUUCAGUUGUUUUGAUAAAAGAAGAAAUCGGUUGGGUGAAAGAAGACUUAGAACACAUAAGAUCGUUUUUCGGAAAUGUGGAGCAAGAAUUGCAUAGAGAUCUUUGGACUCGUGUUCUAGAUGUGGCAUAUGAGGCAGAACAUGCCAUUAACUCAAUUCUUGCCAGAGAUCAUGGUCUCUUGCAGCUUAUCUUCUUACUUCCUGAUAUCGUAGAAAAGAUCAAGCUUGUCAAAAAAGAGGUACAAGAGAAGAUCUCCAAGAACACGAGUAUCAUUUUUGCAAACUCUCCCAACAAGCCAGUUAUAAACAAGUCAUCAAUAGCUGGUAAAAUAAUUGUAGGUUUUAAGGAGGAGACGAAGAGGAUAAUUAGGAAUCUCACCAGCGGCCCAGCUGAGAUAGAUGUCAUUUCCAUAGUCGGCAUGCCAGGGCUUGGAAAAACUACUUUGGCUUAUAGAGUAUAUAAUGAAAAGUCUGUUGUUGGUCAUUUCGAUGUUCGUGCUUGGUGCACAGUCGACCAGGAACGUAAUCAGAAAAAAUUGUUGCAGAAAAUUUUCAAUCAAGUUAAUGGCUUGAAAGGAAGUUUCAAUGAAGAAGGGAUAGACGAUGACAUUGCUGACAAGCUACGGAAACAUCUGUUUGGAAAGAGGUACCUUAUUGUCUUGGAUGACUUGUGGGAUACUGCAACAUGGGAUGAGUUAACAAGACCAUUAUUUACCAUCCCAUCUGAAUUUCAAAAUGGAAGCAGAGUUAUUUUAACAAGUCGAAAAAAGGAAGUGGCUUUGCAUGGAAAAUGCCACAGUGAUCCUCUUGAUCUUCGAUUGCUAAGACCAGAAGAAAGUUGGGAGUUGUUAGAGAAAAGGGUAUUCGGAGAAGAACAUUUCCCUGAUGAACUAAAGGAUGUUGGAGCAAAAAUAGCCGAAAAGUGUAAUGGGCUUCCUUUGGUACUUGAUUUGAUCGGCGGAGUCAUUUCAAGGAAGGAAAAGAAACAGGCUUUGUGGCUUGAAGUUCUCAAUAAUUUGAGUUCCUUUAUUUUUAAGGAUGAAGAGGAAGUGAUGAAGGUUAUACAAUUAAGUUAUGACCAUUUGUCAGAUCACCUAAAGCCGUGUUUUCUGUACCUUGCAAGUUAUCCAAAGGACAAAAAUAUUAGGAUCUCUUGGUUGAAAGAUUUAUGGAGUGAUGAAGGACUUGUGGAACCAACUGAUAUGAAGAGUGUGGAAGAUGUAACGGAGGUUUAUGUGGAUGAGUUAAUUUCUAGUAGCUUGGUGAUAGUGAGAGGUGGUAGGCACCCGAGUUUCCAAAUUCAUAAUCUUGUGCAUGAUUUUUGUUCGAUAAAAGCUAGAAUGGAAAAGUUGUUUGACUUGACGAGUUCAAUUUUUCUGUCAUCCUCCUCUUCUUCACAUCUGACGCUGCGUAGAAGGACCAUUAUUUAUGAUGAAUGCCUUCAUUCGAGUGAUACUUCUUCCUUGUUCAGUCCAGAAGAGCGAUAUCGUUAUAUUAAACACCUCCCCUCUUUGAAGAUAGACUGUGGACCCUCCAAAGUUCUUCCCCGCAGCCGCAGCUGUCACCUAAGACACCUGAGGCUUCUUAAAAGGUUGGAGCUGCGGCGUAUAAUCUUGACAGAUACUUUGCUGAAUGAAAUAGGUAUGCUUGUUCAUUUGAGGUGCUUAAGAAUUUCGAUGCAGGCAAAAGCUCUCCCUCCGUCAUUUUCAAACCUCUGCAAUCUAGAAACUCUGGUGGUGGAUGACAGUGGAUCAAACAUGGUAUUAUCCCCUACUAUCUGGAGUCUUGCAAAGCUACGAUAUGUAAAGACCAAUACUUGUUCUGUCUUUGAUUCAGAUAUUGACAAACCAACAAAGUUAGAGAAUCUGACUACAUUAAUGCUUCUCAAACUUUCCUGUUCGGUAGACUCUGGGGAUAUUUUCAAACGUUUUCCCAAUCUUCGAAUCCUUCGAUUCCGCAUAGAUUGUACAUCAGUUUAUUUUCCAAGAUUGGAUGUCCUUAACAAACUCGAAAGAGUUUAUGCUGAAUUUGAGUGCUUCGAGCGUACACGUGUACAUCAGUUUGAUUUUCACUUCCCUUCGAACUUGAAAAAAGUGUGUUUGGAUGGCUUCAAUCUGACAUCAGAUGCACUGUCAGGAAUUGGGAGAUCACUACCCAACCUUCAAAUGCUGAUACUAUUCAAAGGAAGCAUCCAGGGUGGAAAAGAAUGGAAAAUGGAACAAGUCACCUUCCACAAUCUCAAAUCUCUACAAGUGUAUGAGGUGUCUUUUUCUGAAUGGCUGGUUACUGCAGAUGAAUCCUUUCCUUUGCUCGAGAUAUUAGAAAUAAUACAUUGUAAUGAGCUUAUAGAGAUCCCAGAGAGUUUUGGAGAUAUUGCUUCAUUAAAGUCCAUCAGAGUGUGGGGAAGCCCUCAGCUUAAAGAGUCGGCACAUAAGAUUAAAGAAUAUGUUGAAGAAAUGAUGGGAGAAGACAAGCUUGAGGUAGACGAUACUUGUGUUUUUUAAUUAGAAUGGAUGAGAUAUUAUAUGUAUGCACAAUACAAUAUUUUACUUAUAAUUUUUUCAUACAUGUAAUUUUCAUACCUAGUAUACUCAUAAGUAGGUCAGGAGCGGAUAAUAUAUGUGCAGUUUUAUCACUACCAUGAGAAGGUAGACAGAUUGUUUCCGAUAAAUCACCCUUAACAACUUAACUCCAGGAUUCAAAUUCUCUAGACUCGCCUUUGA